GAGAAUGAAAAUGCUCCGGUUUCGCAGUCCAAGCAUCCGCUCCCUAGAUCAGGACAUUCAAUGCACGAUUCGGUUACUAGACGACUCCGAGAUCUCGUGCAGCAUCCAGAGAGACACCAAAGGCCAGUUCCUGCUGGACUACGUGUGUAACCACUACAGCCUGCUGGAGAAGGACUACUUUGGCAUCAGAUAUGUUGACCCAGAGAAGCAGAGGCACUGGCUGGAGCCCAACAAGCCUGUGGUGAGGCAGAUGAAGUCUCAGCACCCCUACACCAUGUGCUUCCGGGUCAAAUUUUACCCUCAUGAGCCAAUGAAGAUCAAAGAGGAGCUCACCAGAUAUCUAAUCUACUUGCAGCUGAAGAGAGAUGUGUACCAUGGGCGUCUUCUCUGCCCAUUCGCAGACGCCGCCUUCCUGGGGGCGUGUAUAGUCCAAGCUGAGCUGGGGGACUACGACCCGGAUGAACACCCUUCUGACUACAUCAGAGACUUCAAGCUGUUCCCCAAGCAGUCCCUCAAACUGGAGAGGAAGAUUAUAGAGAUACACAAGAACGAACUGAGGGGGCAGUGUCCUGCCCUGGCUGAGCUCAACAUGCUCCAGAGGGCACAUACCUUGGAGACAUACGGAGUCGACCCCCACCCCUGCAAGGAUUUCACAGGCACCUUGGCCUUCCUCGGUUUUACAGCCACUGGGUUUGUGGUGUUUCAGGGAAACAAGAGGAUUCACCUGCUCAAAUGGGCUGAUGUCAGCAAGCUGAAGUUUGAGGGGAAAACCUUCUAUGUCAUCGGAAUCCAGAAAGAGAAGAAACUGGUUUUGACGUUCCACACGUCCACCCCUGCAGCAUGUAAACACCUCUGGAAGUGUGGAGUAGAGAACCAAGCGUUUUACAAGUGUGCCAAGUCCAGUCAGAUUAAGACUGUCUCCAGCAGUAAUAUCUUCUUCAAGGGGAGCAGGUUCAGAUACAGUGGUAGAGUGGCGAAGGAGGCGAUAGAGGCCAGCUCUAAGAUUCAGAGAGACCCCCCGGAGGUGCGCAGGUGCCAGUUUGGUCAGAGCCUAAGCUUCAACUCCCUGAGUCACAAGAACCUGAUCCUGAACAUGGAACCGCUGGUCCCAGCCCUGCCCUCCACCAACGAGUACGAGGAGACCGUUGCAGCAGACCCCGGUCUGUCUGCUCUGAAGGACUCGGUCCACCUGUCCCCUCUGAAGCCCUCGUCCGCAGAGGUAGAGCUUCAGGGCAUGGAGGGCAGUGGCCCCGCCCCCGCACCCCAUGCUGGGGAGGAGGAGCCUCCCCCCCGAGGGGAGGGGCAAACCCAUGAGGGGAGGGGCCACCACGAGGAAGAGGAGGACGAGGAGGAGGAGGAGACGAGCAGAGCGCUGACCAUCUCGGAGCUGGUAUACAGCCCCUGUGCCAGCAUGCUGCCCACGCCCGUGGAUGACGGCCAGGGGGGCGUCGACUUCCUCUUCCAGAGACCCACCCACAGCCCCGCCCGUCUGCUGAGGGAGCUCCACGCCGACCCCGAGAUCCAGGCUCAGCUCGCGGCUGAGCGGGAGCGCGACCGCGCCUACGAGCGAGCGCGGCGUGCCGGCCGCAGCGUGCUGAGCAGCGGGCUCCGCCUCCUCGCCGGGAAUGAGCGCGUCAACGCCUGCGUGCUGAGCGCCGCCCGCCUCGUGGCCGUGGUCGCCGCGGUGUUCCUGGUCGCCGUGCCGACGCUGCUGCUCCUGCUGGAGUCGGACCUGGACGUGUCGUUCCUCCACGAGAUCCGGCAGACGCCCGAGUUCGAGCAGUUCCAUUACGAGUAUUACUGCCCCCUGAGGCGCUGGGUGCUCUGUAGGAUCACCAUGGUGAUGGAGAGGCUGGGGGUGGACUGAACACACACACAUACACACACUGGGGGAGACUGGAGACCUGGGAUGGGGAGAUGGAGGGGUGGAGAGAUGGAGAGAUGAUGGGGUGGAAAGAUGGAGGUAUGGAGGUGUGGAGAGAUGGAGGGAGGACUUGAAAAGAAGGAGAUUGGAGGAGAUGGAGUGAUGAGGGGGAUCAACGAUACACACUUUAGGACCUAUAGGUCAAUAGGAAGGAACAAUAGGACCUAACGCAAAAGGGAUGGAGUGACGGAGGACAGACAUGAAGAAUGGAUGGAGGGGAGACUGUUGGCAGGACAGGAAGAGGGGAAGGGCGGAGAGAAAGAUAGAGGAGGAGUGAAGGAGAAUGAAGGUUACUGUCAUUCUGCAGGACACACCUGGUUUCCUCUCUCUCCUGAUGCUGACACACUGAUGGUUCACCUUGAUUGGCUCUGCUCUUAAGAGUCGAGCUUCUGAUUGGCCUCAGACUCUGUCAGUCAUGAUGAAGUGGGCGGGAGACGAGAACAGCCAGCCAACAGCUUCAGCCCAUAGAUCGACGAAAAGAGCAUUAUUGAUUUACAAUGAGAUGAAAAGUUGUUUUUAAUGUUUUGUACAUUUUUAUGUGAUGCAAGUAUUUCAGGAUUUUUUCAGUCAGAGGAUCUACUUUACCUUUAAAAAAACACAAGAAAACCAGUUUAUUGAUGCUAUGGGUUGAGGGGGGUGAGAUUAAGCUAUUUUUGAAGACUACAGCCGAUUGGUUACCCGGGUUUUACUACAAACAAACAAACAAACAGUAGAGCACAAUCUUUUACACCACAGAUGAACUGUCACAGAUUACCUGAUGUCAUUGGAGGACUGGAACAGGAAGAGCUGAUGUGAUUGGAGGACUGGAACAGGAAGAGCUAAUGUGAUUGGUUGACUUUGUCUGUGGCUAGACAGCUGUUUGUGUUACUGAACUCUUGUUGUCAAAAUUACGACUGCUUUUGUGUCCCCUAAAUGUGUUUAACCCAACAACUGGAUUGAUAGAGGGGAAAGUAUUAGGGAAAACAUUUCCUGUUCUUAUCUGGCCACAACCAAUGAGAGGAUAAUACAUUUCAAAGGUAAAAUGUAAAUAUGAUAAGUAGUAUGAUGCCUGCUGAAAAUGAGGCCAGUGAAGAGAGGAGUGCCUCAUGUCUAUUUAACCAAUUGCAACGAGUUUAUGAUCAAAGUAAAUACCGUACAAUUGAGAAUAGUACAUCCAAAGUCCCCUAAACAAGGGCCAAACUUGAGUCAAACUCACCCCAAAAUCGUUAGUUAGAUGUGUCUGUCUGUGUCUGUGAGUAGAGAGAAGAAUGUUUAUUUGGACUUGAGGUACGGUCUAUAAAUGUGGCUCUUACACUCAGGAAAGGAUAGAAGCUGUCUGAUCAUCCAUAUCUCUGUGUAUGUGCGUGCGCAAAAAAAAAAAAAAGUACAAGCUAAAACAAUCCAUCUACCCAUGUAUCAUACUUCCUGUUACCAAUGCAUACAUUAACCUCAUUGUGAAUAUAUUCCAGAACUCAUAGGACACUCGUCAUAAUGUAUAUUGUCUACAGGUUUAUAGCCAUAAAUGUUAUGAAAGCACUUCUCUGGACAAGGCUGAUGUGCCUCCAGCAAAGAAAACUAACCAAAUGGCAGUUAGUGAACUCACAGUAUAUGCAUAGGCUACUAUAUCAGUCUUUACCUCUGUUCGCAAAGUCGUGGAUUUUGCUAACAGCCUGAAAGCGCUAUGCUGAAAGUUUGCCAUUGAGACUUGUCUUUUCUCAUUGAGUAUCACCACAACGGGCCCUCUCAUUUCAGCCUUUGUGUAACCACAGGCGUUGUCUUGUCAUCAUGUGAAGAUAAUGUAUUAUGUGUACGUGGGAAACAAAUGACAAGGCUUUACCUUAACGGGUUGUUUAUGAUAUAAUAUAAAAAAUAUGAUCUAUUCAACCUAGGGUAGGGCAGGCGUAUGAUUCCAUUCCGUCUCCGGUCACGCUCACUACUCCCCGUUUAGUACGCUACUGUUUUCGGCUGUGUUCUGGGCAGGUCUGCUUUGUAAAUACUGUUUUAUAGAAGAGACACAUGCGUACAGACGUAUAGUCUCUUUCUUUAUGUUAUUUUCCUUGUGGCGCUGUCUCUAUCAAGCCAAGGCUAUUGUGAGGUAGCUUUCAUUUAGAUGCAUGCGUGACGUUAGUGUUAGGUUAUAGUCAGACACCGCCUGUCUACUAGAUUACCAUUGCCCAAAAACGUAAAUAGUUACGCCAAAUUAAUUUCGAAAGAACACAAACUCGGUGCAUCCAUGGAUCGUAUACCAAUGGCUUUUCAAGUAGAGGCACAUAGGUAAGUAGACUUGGCCUGGCUGUUUAGCGUUCUUUUGGUGGAACCCUUUCAGACGCCAGACGCUGUAACACAUGACCUCACUGCCAGCCGUUAACAAAAACUGUUGUGACAAAGUUAAAACAAAGUAGUUUGAUGUUGUUUCGGGGUAUUUUAUGGUUCAGUUAUUCCUUGUUUUAGGUUGUUGGUAACUAUAUCAGUGCAACUUGUUUGCUGCCAGGCCAGAUGACAAAACACAUUUUGGGAAAAACGAACGCAUCGAUCCGCGCUUUCAAUCUCGCAUCAGGUGGCUAAUAGCAAACAGCUAACCAUUGAAACGAGCAUGAUAAAAAAAUAAAAAAAUAAAAUAAAAAAACGACAGCCGUAUGAAUAUUACACGAAUAUGACAACAAUAAAGGCAUUAAUCAUUCUGAAAACGAUGGGUGACGUUCUAAGACCUAAUGACACUGUAGCAUUUAACCGCGUAGCUUCUUGAUCUAUCAGCCGUUUUAUUUCUUUUGAUUGAUUUUUCUUAGAAAAAGUGGAAAACCAUUGAAGAACCUCUUUUAUAAUCCUCUGAAUGUUUCUUCUUCUUUAGUUUUUUUUUACAAACAGCGAGCAUUUGAAAUACAUUGAGUGAUGACUCUCCUGAUUAUAACUGUGAGCAAAAAAUAAAACACGUGGGCCUAAUCACAAACUGAUGUCAACCACCAAAACUUUGAUUGAAGUAUCAGAAGAUGCCAUCAAGGUGAACACCGUCAAGAUGGACACAUGCAAAACAUCGGGGCUCAAUACACAGCAUUAACCAGAUACGUAUUUAUAUGGGAAAAGGCCCCAUACAAAUAAUUCCAAACACAGUUUCCACAUGUUUGUUUAUUGAAAUGUCCGUGAAAUGUGUCCAUACCUAUGGUACAGACUACAAAAAAAACGAAGGUGCAGUUUUUUCCCCUAGAUUAUGUCAGUGUUGAAUGGGCAUGUGGCGUGCUUGCACGGAUAGCAUCGUAACUCUUCGGUCGCUGUUUAUUAUCUUUCUCCGUUUGUUGGACUUGUUUUGUCAUUUCACUCUCUUUAAAAAAAAAUAAAAAAAACACAACUCUGGGAGAAUUUGACGGAUAGAAAAAAAAUAUUCAGCGUUCAGAACACCUGUGCAAAACCAAGCCUUACGAACUAACUUUGUAAAAUCAAUUUUGAAUGUUUAUAUGUUCAAAAUAAAAAAUAUGGAUUGUUUUAUAUGUUAAUACUGCCACAAUAAAGCCCUCAAAUGAAUAUAUAUUCAAAA